ACAGGCUGUGCUGCGUGCCAACGGGGGCUUGACUGCGGCACACGGCAGCAGCAACUUCAACCUAUGCCUUUUUCGCUUUGCUCUUUUUUUUUCCCCCCCCCACCUUGGGAAAUCAAACUACGACCGCACCGUUAUGAAUACCAUCAGCAUAUAUUGAGAAUACGGCCAUAACGAUGUGUAUUUGUGCAGAAACCAACGGGGGCUGCUGACACAUCCCCAGACCCGCCGUGCCCGCUGCCACGUCUGCGAGCAGGGCUCUCUCUGGAGGAGCUCUCAGCACUUUACCCUUAAGACCUGCGCGGUUUUGACACGAAGCGGAUACCGUAUUCUGAGCCAGCGCUGAAAACGUACAUACAUACAGACAGACAGACAGACAUAAACAAACAAACGCGCAGUUUGAAGAGAGAAGGCAGCGCGUCCCACCGCCAUCCACCUGGAGCCGGCGCAGAGCGGCAUCCCCGCCCGCCGCCCACCUCCCGUCAGCCCGACGUGACCCGGCUGGAAGUACUGAAGCUGAGGGCGGCUCCGCGGCGCUGCCCACGUCCGCCCGGCGGCUCACACCGCGCCGCCACCUCCCCCUCACGGCUCCGCCGCCGUAAUGGCGACCGGAGGCCCGGGCUCGCAGCGGCGGCACGCCAUCUCCCUCGCGGGAUCCCUGCGCCGCCAGAAAGUAGUCCCCGCCCCCCACCUCUGCUGCCCGCCCGCCGGGGGAGCCCCGCGGCACGCAAAUCCAGAGUUCUAGAGUCCCAUCGGUGCCAGGGGAAGCCUUCCGCCGCCGCGCCGCAGGGGCUCCGCCGGCAUCCCCGCCCCUCGGAUAGAUCCGGCCGGGCCGGCGCGGAGGGAUCCCCGGAGCCGCGCCGCGCCGGGGGAGGGGGCCGCGAUGUAGGCAUGAGGGUCGGCGCGGAAUACCAGGCGCGCAUCCCCGACUUUGAGCCCGGUGCCACAAAAUACACCGAUAAAGAUAAUGGAGGGAUGCUCGUAUGGUCACCAUAUCAUAAUAUUCCAGAUGCCAAGUUGGAUGAAUAUAUAGCAAUAGCAAAGGAAAAACAUGGAUACAAUGUGGAACAGGCUCUCGGCAUGUUGUUUUGGCAUAAACACAAUAUUGAGAAGUCCCUUGCGGAUCUCCCUAACUUCACUCCCUUCCCUGAUGAAUGGACAGUUGAAGACAAAGUCCUAUUUGAACAAGCAUUUAGCUUCCAUGGAAAGAGCUUUCACAGGAUCCAGCAAAUGCUUCCAGACAAGACUAUUGCGAGCCUUGUAAAAUACUACUAUUCUUGGAAAAAAACUCGCUCAAGGACAAGUUUGAUGGAUCGACAGGCUCGAAAGCUUGCUAAUAGAAAUAAUCAAGGUGACAGUGAUGAUGAUGUAGAAGAACCUCAUCCAAUGGAUGGAAAUGAUAGCGAUUAUGAUCCCAAAAAAGAAGCCAAAAAGGAGGUAACAGAUAACUUAAUGGGCAAUAAUGAGCAGCCUGUUCAGACCAGCAAGAUAGGGCUGGGUAGAAGAGAGUAUCAGAGCUUGCAGCAUCGCCACCAUUCUCAGCGUUCCAAAUGCCGUCCACCAAAAGGCAUGUACCUGACCCAGGAAGAUGUGAUAGCUGUUUCCUGUAGUCCCAAUGCAGCCAACACAAUUCUUAGACAGCUGGAUAUGGAACUAAUCUCAUUAAAGCGACAGGUUCAAAAUGCUAAGCAAGUAAACAGUGCACUUAAACAGAAAAUGGAAGGCGGGAUUGAAGAAUUCAAACCUCCUGAGUCUAAUCAGAAAAUCAAUGCCCGUUGGACCACAGAAGAGCAGCUUCUUGCAGUACAAGGUGUCCGCAAAUAUGGUAAAGAUUUUCAAGCUAUUGCAGAUGUAAUUGGCAACAAGACUGUUGGCCAAGUGAAGAACUUCUUUGUAAACUACAGGCGUCGGUUUAACUUAGAGGAGGUAUUGCAGGAAUGGGAAGCGGAACAAGGAACCCUGGCUUCUAAUGGUGAUGCUUCUGCUUUAGGGGAGGACACAAAAAAUACUUCUAAUGUGCCAUCAGGAAAGAGCACUGAUGAAGAAGAUGAGGCGCAAAGCACUCCGACCACUCAGUGUUUAGGCCCUUCACCUCCAGCACAGGCAUCUGCUCCAGCUCCCACCGCUCCCAUAGCAACUUUAAAUCAGCCACCCCCGUUACUGCGUCCAGCACUUCCUGCUGCUCCUGCUCUCCACCGUCAGCCUCCGCCGCUCCAACAACAGGCGCGAUUUAUUCAGCCAAGGCCAACCCUAAAUCAGCCUCCCCCACCGCUCAUCCGCCCAGCUAAUUCCAUGCCUCCCCGUCUGAACCCAAGGCCGGUGUUAACCACUGUUAGCGGCCAGCAGCCACCCUCACUGAUUGGAAUUCAGACAGAAUCCCAGUCCACUCUGCACUGAAGAAAUAAAGCAGAAUGAUGCUAACUCCUACAUCUGAAAGACUGUAUCAAGGUACUUUUCUUUUUCCAAAUAAAGAAGCAGAGGAAAAGCAAGCCUUCACAGGUAGCAGACCAGUCUUACGGAGGAGCAAGGUAAUAACCAGUACUGGAACCACGUGAAUGACCACCUGUGUAAAAAUAUUUUUUGUAGAAGACUUGUACAGAAGAACAAUGCCUACAGUGCAGCCCUCCUCUAUGUGAAUAACUGUCGAAGGAAGCUAACUUCAUACAUGAGUAAAUGUUCAACACACCGGGAUUUCGUUUAACUGAUUUUUUUACUCUGUUUAUUUUAUUACGGUUCUUUGUAGUCGAGCAUCUAACUACAGGAAAGUAGGCUGGCAAAUCUAGGAAAAAGUAAUACUGUAGGAGACUUAAAUGUAGUGGUUUUCUGUGUGUAAUUUUUAUUUUAUUUUUUACUUUUUAGUGGAGAAAAAAGUAAACCUAAUGGCCUUAGGUUCAGAAUUUUUGGCCCUGUUUAGGUAUCUGUAGAAGCAUUUCUUGCAAUUGUAAAAGGUAGACGAUUCUUCUCUUAAUGUUUUUUCCCAGAAUGUUUUUUUCUUGUUUAAAAAAGGUACUUUCUUAUUAAAUAGUCCUCUUCAAGAGUGUUCUGAAAACUCAGUGAGCUAUUGUACAAAAUAUACUAAACUUCACGUGUGUUCUAGUCAUAGAAGCUGUCUGGAAACAGGAGUCCAGUUUCCCGCUGCACUGUCUCUUGUAGGCUGGGCUGGGGAGCGGCAGCAACCGCCAGCACCCAGAGGGAUGACAGCAGAGGAACUGCUUAGCGAGAGCCAUCCAUUUAAUUAGUUCUUCUGCUGACCUCUCUCAUUUAAGUACAGCAGAAUUUCAGUCCUCUGAGAACGCCUGCUCACAGUUGUUAUGUGCGAGAUCAUUGAUAUCUUGCCUAGGAUGCAUGGUGGAGCACCAUGGAGAGGCUGAGGGCGGUAGGAGAGUAACGUAGCAAUAGGGCUCUCUGCUGCCUGCCUGCCCGGUGUUAAAUGAGUGUCUCAUUUCUGCUAUUGCUGGCAGAUUGGCAGGCUGGGUUACGGCUAUCGUGGUUUGUUUUGUUUUAUUCACUAGUAAAACUUGCAUUUGGGUAUUAAUUAUGGCUUCCCCAUUUUAGGAGAAUAAAAGGUUGGGGUUUAUUUUCCACUGUAUUUACUGCUACAUUUUUCUUGUUGUCUAAAACCCUGAUUCAUGCCCAGCAGUAGUUUUUUGUUGGUUUGUUUUUAAAGCAAACACCUCUCCCUUCCAAGUAAACCAGGCUUCAGUUUCAGUACCAGCAUUUGAAACUAUGAUCUGAGUCAAGCUAUUGAAAAACAUUGUGCUGCUAACUGCCAUGCUAUUCUAGAAAAUUGUUUGUUUAUACCUGGCAUUUAAAGUCCUUUUAAAUCCAUUCUGUUAUUAGCUAGAUUUGCCCAUGACUCAGAUGAGACUAUAUUUGAAAAUGGAAUGUGCUCUCCCUUGUUCUUUCCACAGAUAAUGGGGUGGUCUGACCAUCAGUUAGCAGUUGGCUAAAGCUUUUCAUUUGUGCAAAGGGAAGUUCUUACAGCACCAGAUCCUAUUACCUUUGUAAAUCUAGCAUUAGGGAUUGAUAUUUGUGACCUGAAUUGCAAUUAAAGUGUUCACCUUUAUGGUUUAAUUCACAAAUAUUUUCAGAUCAAGCUCGAUUUUUCUUUCAGUACAGCUUUCAGCAGUGCACUGACAUCUCAUACAAAGGGUUCUUCUUAGGAAUUUUCUUCUGCAUCAGAGUAGGUUCUUAGCCACUAUGUGAGCAUCAGAUAACCUCUCUCCUGAGAAAAGCAGCAUUGUAACGCAGGUGCUGAGGAACGUGUGAUCACUGAACCUUUUGUUCUGGAGUCCUAAGUGUCCCUCAACAGCUACAUAUGGAUCUGGCUGCUGCCCAGACAGGUUUUUAAAACUGAUAGGAAAUCCAUUUCCACAUCUGAUAAAUAUCUCAGUUGUUGACAGUGAUAGGGUACAUCUCCAGUAUUUCUCACUUUUUUUUUUUAAAGCAUUGAGUCUCCCAGGUGUGUGUAUUGUACCUUUGCUAAUUUUUGUCUUGUCUCGUCGAUAGACUUCAGUAUGCAGAAUGUUGGGUGUUGCAGUAGAGUUGGCCGUCACCAACUGCUAUAAAACUGUUCAGUACAUUGUAAUUCAGUUUAAUCUUGUUUAAAUAUUCUAUAACUGGGCAAAGGUGCUGUAUUUGAAGGGGGCGGGAGGGGCAGAGACGGGUAGUAUUUCUUCCUUUACAAACACUGUAGCACACAGUAGGGAUUUCCUAGCGUUUGUAGUACUAAAUAAGUAUGUACAUAGCAAAAUGUCUUUAUUGUGUGCUUUGCAGAGUAUGUGCAUACAGUUUGCACGUCCUGUUUUUGGGGGUAGGGUUUGUUUUAAGCAGUGUUUGCCUGGAGAGUGAUAUGCUUGCUGCUUAAUCAAAGGAUUAAAGUUUCAAAGAAAUCUGUGUCUUCUAUUUUUAUGUACCUGGUAAUAGUCUAAUAUGUUAGGGCCCUUAUACUGUGAUUCUCUUCUAAAUUCAUUUCUAUUUUUUUAAGAAUUAGAAAUAAAAUUAUACAAUGGUGUUGAUUUCGGUGGGGAAUUUCUUUUGCCAUAUCUCGUCUCCUGUUUUUGUAAUGUAGUAAUGAACUCUGACUUCAAGGUUGGCUUAAUUUUGUCACUUUAAAAAAUGUAAAAUGUUUGCACACUAAAGUUCGGCUGAGAACGUGUAUCUGACAUUGUUCAAAGCUAAUGUAACUCUACAGCUUUUUGUACAGUUUAUUUUAGUUAAUAAAGCAAAACGGUACUAAAACUGACAGGUUUUACAAAUGCAAGGCAUAAUUUGAACUACGUCGUCUGAAGAACAACGCUUGCCAAGUAUGGAUGUACGAAAAUAUCAGAUCUAAUUGUUGCACUUUAAAUCAGAAUGGGUAUGGAGCGAAGCAGGUAUUCCUGCAUUAAUAAAAUCGAUCACUAAACAUUGCA